AUGGCAGGGUCAUUUAGCAAUGUCCACCCUGGUGACCUGCGAAAUGGGGCCCACUAUCUCUACCCAAAUCUUACAAAAGGGUUUGUGACAAAGGAUUCUGCUGAAGAAGAGCAUUGUCCAGUGCACUCUGAAAUCCAACACGUACUGUGGGGCCCAGACUCACCCCUCCCCUGUUCCGUGGAGGGGGCCCAUCCUGCCACACUAGUGCUACAGCAGCACUUGACAACCAAAAAGGAGGGCGGCCAAAAUGCUCAGGACGAAUAUUUCACCAGUGCUGUAGUCUUGUCACUUCACUCCCAUGCCUUAUUCGGCCUUGUCUACCUUUUUUUAAUAAUCCCACAGAGUACCGAGUCCUUUGUCCUCCUGGUCUUCUGCAUAUGCUUCCUGGUGGCGUGUAUCAUGUACUCUCUACAUGUCACUCGAGUACAAUCUUGGAACAUUUAUGUGGAGGCAGGCUGUGUCCCCAGCAUAAACUCUGUUGCGUCCCCGUGCCCCUUGCGGAAUGACAUAAUUCAGCAAUACUGGGCAUCAUCAUUCGUCCGCCCUGUCAUUAGCUUUCACAUGCUGCUCCGACAAGCGUUUUCUCGAGACGGAAACGCCGAAUCCCUUCAGCGAUUUUUCAGCGACAGUCAAAUCCAACAGGCAAAUGUUGUUUCCCCCAGCCUUUCUUCAGAAAGUAAUGACUUUGCGUACGGUUUGAGUAUUGCAGCCUGCCCUUAUCAGACUUGUUUCUCCACCCCUCCCCUGACCCCCCCGGCCAUUAGAUUACAAGAAGAAUUUGUCAAUCAUAUCCAAGAACUGAAGCUGCUGGACGAAAGAAUCCAGAGAAGAGUGGAAAAGCUAGAGCAGCAGGUGCAGCGGGAAGCAAAGGAGUUUGCCAAGAAAGUCCAGGAAUUGCAGAAAAGCAACCAGGUUGCCUUCCAACACUUCCAAGAGCUGGACGAGCACGUCAGCUACGUGGCCACCAAAGUCUGUCACCUUGGCGACCUGCUGGAGGGGGUAAACACGCCACGGCAGCGGCUCGUGGAGGCUCACAAGCUGAUGAAAUACUUUAAUGAGUUUCUCGACGGAGAGCUGAAGUCUGACGUUUUCACCAACCCUGAAAAGAUUGAAGAGGCAGCUGACAUUAUUCAGAAGCUGCACUUGAUAGCCCAGGAAUUACCUUUCGACAGGUUUUCUGAAGUGAAAUCCAAAAUAGCAAGUAAGUAUCAUGAUCUCGAGUGCCAACUGAUCCAGGAAUUCACGAAUGCCCAGCGAAGAAGCCAGAUCUCCAGGAUGAGAGAAGUCGCUGCGGUCUUGCUUCACUUUAAGGGCUAUUCCCACUGUGUUGAUGUGUAUAUAAAACAGUGCCAAGAGGGAGCCUACUUGAGGAAUGAUAUCUUCGAAGAUACGGCUAUUCUCUGCCAGACCGUGAACAAACAAGUUGGAGACAUAUUUAGCAGUCCCGAGACUGUGAUGGCCAAACUUAUCCAAAGUAUCUUCGAAGUCAGACUUCAGAGCUAUAUAAAAGACCAGCUGGAAGAACAUAAGAAAUCAGACGCAGAGCAAUAUCUUCAGACCCUCUAUGAUCUGUAUACAAGGACUACUAAUCUUUCAAGCAAAUUGAUGGAGUUUAACUUGGGCACUGAUAAGCAGACUUUCUUGUCUAAGCUUAUCAAAUCGAUCUUCGUUUCCUACCUGGAGAAUUACGUCGAGGUGGAAAUUGGUUAUUUGAGAAGCAGGAGCUCUAUGAUAUUGCAGCGCUAUUAUGAUUCGAAAAACCACCAGAAGAGAGCCAUCGGAAGUGGAGGCAUUCAAGACCUCAAGGAGCGAAUCAGGCAGCGGACCAACCUGCCUCUGGGACCAAGCAUCGAUACCCACGGCGAAACGUUCCUGUCACAGGAAGUCGUGGUUAAUCUCUUACAAGAAACUAAACAAGCUUUCGAAAGGUGCCACAGGCUCUCUGAUCCUUCGAAUUUGCCGAAGAAUGCCUUCAGAAUUUUCUCGCUGCUUGUGGACUUCUUAUGCAUCGAGCACAUCGAUUACGCCUUGGAAACUGGGCUGGCUGGUAUUCCCUCGCCAGACUCCAGGACGGCAAACCUCUAUUUCCUGGAUGUGGUCAACCAAGCCAAUACCAUUUUUCAUCUCUUUGACAAGCAAUUCAACGAUCACCUGAUGCCAUUAGUCAGCUCCUCCCCGAAGCUCUCCGAAUGCCUUCAGAAGAAAAAGGACAUCACGGAACAAAUGGAGGUGAAGCUGGACAUGGGCAUUGAUCGGACUCUGAACUGCAUGAUUGGACAGAUGAAGCACAUCUUGGCCGCGGAACAGAAGAAGACGGAUUUCAAACCCGAGGACGAGAACAACGUUCUGAUACAGUACACAAACGCGUGUUCCAAAGUUUGUGCCUAUGUCCGAAAGCAAGUGGAAAAAAUUAGGAACUCCAUGGACGGCAAGAACGUCGACACGGCCCUGAUGGAAUUUGGGGUCCGUUUCCACCGGCUCAUCUUUGAGCACCUCCAGCAAUAUUCCUACAGCUGCAUGGGCGGCAUGUUGGCUAUCUGUGACGUGGCCGAGUACCGGAAGUGCGCCAAAGAGUUCAAGAUCGCGCUCGUCUUGCAGCUUUUCGAUACCCUCCAUUCUCUUUGCAACCUCCUUGUCGUCGCGCCAGACAACUUGAAGCAGGUCUGCUCCGGCGAGCAGCUGGCGAUCCUGGACAAAAACAUCCUCCAUUCCUUUGUACAGCUUCGCCUCGACUACCGGUCCGCACGCCUCGGCCGCCACUUCAGCUGAAGGGCGCAGAGCCAACUGCGACGCCGAGCCUUUUGCGGGGACUUAGUUGAUGUCAGUAGCUAGGGGGCAGGAGGCGGGGGUGGGCGACCGAUCACUCCAAAUGGCAAUCGCAGCCGUGACUGGAGCCUCUGUCCUCUCUUCCUGUGAAAUAAAUGGCCUCCGAAGAUGAGCCUUCUGCCGAAA